UGGAACUUGGAAGGUGAACAAUGGUAGUAGAUGAGGUGAAUUAACUGAUGAAUUUGGGUAGCAUGGAUCUAUUAGUGAUAUGGGCAGCAGCAAUUUUGUGACUGAAAGAGGGUUAUUAGGGUUUCAGUCAUGGCACAGGAGUCUACUCAGAGCUGGAUGUUCUCUUACCGGGGGAUGUCAUCUGAUAACAUCAAGGGUUUGGUAUUAGCAAUGUCUUCUAGCAUCUUCAUUGGUGCCAGCUUCAUUAUAAAGAAGAAGGGUUUGAAGAAGGCUGGGGCCUCGGGAGUUAGGGCAGGAGUUGGAGGCUAUUCUUACUUAUAUGAACCACUUUGGUGGGUGGGCAUGAUAACAAUGAUUGUUGGGGAAAUUGCUAAUUUCGCAGCCUAUGCAUUUGCACCAGCAAUCCUCGUAACUCCUCUUGGUGCACUCAGCAUUAUUAUCAGUGCUGUACUUGCGCAUAUUAUCUUACGGGAGAAGCUACAUAUUUUUGGUGUUCUUGGUUGUAUUCUUUGCGUUGUGGGGUCAACAACUAUUGUUUUACAUGCUCCUCAAGAACGUGAAAUUGAGUCUGUGGCACAAGUAUGGGAUCUUGCUACUGAGCCAGCAUUUCUUUUUUAUGCCGCUUUAGUAUUGGCAGCAGUUUUUGUACUUGUAGUCCAUGUUAUCCCACAGUAUGGGCAGACACAUAUAAUGGUCUAUAUUGGGGUUUGUUCACUUGUGGGUUCUCUAACGGUCAUGAGUGUCAAAGCAUUAGGAAUUGCUUUGAAGUUAACAUUCUCAGGAAUGAAUCAGCUGAUAUAUCCUCAAACAUGGGUAUUCACCAUUGUUGUAGUCACAUGUGUGAUUACUCAACUGAACUACUUGAACAAGGCACUUGAUACUUUCAACACUGCUGUUGUAUCACCCAUCUACUAUGUGAUGUUUACAUCAUUAACCAUUUUGGCCAGUGUGAUCAUGUUUAAGGACUGGGAUCGGCAAAAUCCAACUCAGAUUGUCACAGAAAUGUGUGGGUUUGUGACUAUUCUGUCUGGUACAUUUCUUCUUCACAAAACCAAGGACAUGGCUGAUGGUCCACUGACCUCUUUCCGCCUUUCUAAACUCACAGAAGUGGAUGAUUAUGAUGAAGGCAUCCCCCUUAAGUGCCCAGAAUCCUAGCGGUUGCCGUAGUACCUGGUUAAUUCAUCGUGCUAUCUUUCAUACUUUUUUUGGGGGAGCGACCUGAAUGUCACCAACCUGUACUCCAUCAAAUGUUUGAUGCACACCAGCAUAUUCUUUUUAGAUACAAUUAGAGAACAGGAGGUCUUUUUGGAUCAAAAUGAGAUGAUGGCUUAUUCCAAAGGGCUGGUACCCUCCAAUUUCUCCCCUCGAUGCUUGUGAGGGAUUUCGGCAAAUGUAAGGUGAUACAUAGUGUAUUUUAGAAUCAAAAUUUAAUGAAAUCAGUGGUAUUUGCACAUAGAAGAAAAGAGAGAUUGUUGUUGAAUGCUACAUGUGCAGUGAAUUCAUUUAUUUUGUAGGAUAUGAUACUCAGAAGGCAUUACUGUUGAUGAGGUGCUUGCAGUACAGUUGUUGAUUAUAGACUUCA